UUAGGAAGCUAUUAAUGUUUCACUUUCCUUUUCUCUCUUUCUGAAACCCAGCCGCCCAGUUCUCUGAAACCCAGCCGAAAUUACCCCAUGCAUCUCUCUCUCUGAACUCUCUCACUCUUUCUCAAGUCUCACGCACGUCUCACUCUCAGUUCGACAGUCCCCAGCCGCGGCUUCUUCCUUCUCCAGUUCUCCUCCCCGCUUCUUCUUCUUCUUCUUCUUCUUCUCUUCCUCCAGGUCUCUGCUUCGUCAGCUUUGGGUUUUUGAAGAAGAAGCCAUGAGCAGGAGCUUGGGAAUACCAGUAAAGCUUCUUCACGAGUCGGCGGGGCAUGUGGUGACGGUGGAGCUGAAGAGCGGCGAGCUUUACAGAGGAGGCAUGGUCGAGUGCGAGGAUAACUGGAACUGCCAGCUCGAGAACAUCACCUACACUGCCAAGGACGGGAAGGUUUCACAGCUUGAGCAUGUGUUUAUUCGAGGCAGCAAAGUUAGGUUUAUGGUGGUACCGGACAUGCUAAAGAACGCUCCAAUGUUCAAGCGUCUUGAUGCUAGAAUCAAGGGUAAGGGUGCAUCACUUGGAGUCGGAAGGGGUAUUGCAAUGCGGGCUAAAGCACAAGCUGCUGGCCGGGGAACAGCUGGUAGAGGUGUUGUACCACCUGUACGGAGGUAAUAAUCCUCUCUCGUCGGAGUCUGCAAUGGAAAGGAUCCCGUCCGUGAUCAUGAUCAAAAUUUGCUGUGCAG